UACCAAAAAUACAAUUACCUUUUGUAUCACCUUCCUUUCUCUCACUCUCUCCUUUUUACUCCGCAUUUAAGAUUAAGAUUCCCCGGAAAUUAUGAUCCGCUACACCGGCAGCAUACUAUUAGGUUUACUACUCUUCUUGACCUCGUUCGCUAAUAGCCGUCCGAUUGUGGAUGAUCUUAUCAGGUUGCCGUCUGAUCAUUCUUCGACCCUAGCCCAUGUCUUUCCUGAUGUUGAUGAUGAUUCAGUUGGGACUAGAUGGGCGGUUCUGAUUGCCGGGUCUAAUGGUUACUGGAAUUACAGGCAUCAGUCUGAUGUUUGUCAUGCUUACCAUGUGCUGAAGAAAGGAGGAUUGAAGGAUGAGAAUAUAAUCGUUUUCAUGUAUGAUGACAUUGCUUUUGACGAAGAGAACCCAAGACCUGGGGUCAUCAUUAAUAGCCCACAUGGACAUGACGUCUAUGCAGGAGUUCCAAAGGAUUAUACUGGGGAAGAUGUGACUGUGAAUAACUUUUUAGCAGCUAUUCUUGGGAAUAAAACAGCCAUUACUGGUGGCAGUGGAAAGGUGGUGAAUAGUGGACCUAAUGAUCACAUCUUCAUCUUUUACACAGAUCAUGGCGGUCCUGGUGUGCUCGGUAUGCCUACCUUUCCAUAUCUUUAUGCUGAUGAGCUCAUAGACACCCUGAAACAAAAGCAUGCAUCUGGAACCUAUAAAAGCCUGGUGUUUUAUGUAGAAGCCUGUGAAUCUGGGAGCAUCUUUGAGGGUCUUCUUCCUGAAGGACUGAAUAUUUAUGCAACCACUGCUUCAAAUGCCGUAGAGAGUAGUUGGGGAACUUACUGUCCUGGAGAAGAUCCUAAUGUUCCUGGAGAAUAUGACACCUGUCUUGGUGAUUUGUACAGCGUGUCUUGGAUUGAAGACAGUGAGAAACACAACUUGCGGACAGAAUCUUUGAAGCAGCAGUAUGAACUGGUUAAGACGAGGACAUCAUCAAAUCCUUUUUACAGCUCACAUGUGAUGCAGUAUGGUGAUACAGAGCUUAAGACGGACAUGCUUGCCUUGUAUAUGGGAACAAAUCCUGCUAAUGAGAAUUUUACCUAUGUGGAUGAUAACUCGUUGCGUCCUUCAUCUUCUAACCCUGUUAAUCAGCGCGAUGCUGAUCUUAUCCAUUUCUGGAACAAGUUCCGCAAAGCUCCAGAAGGAUCUUCAAGAAAGAAACAAGCAGAAAAGCAGUUUAUGGAAGCAAUGUCACACAGAGUUCACUUAGAUAACAGCAUCAAACUCGUUGGCAAGCUUUUAUUUGGAAUUGAAAAGGGAUUAGAUGUGCUAGAGACUGUUCGACCUACAGGAAAACCCCUCGUGGAUGACUGGAACUGCCUAAAAACAAUGGUAAGAACGUUUGAAAAGCAUUGUGGAUCUCUGUCUCAAUAUGGAAUGAAACACAUACGUUCCAUUGCAAACAUAUGCAAUGCUGGGAUCACAGCUAAUCAGGUGGAUGAGGCUUCAGCACAGGCUUGUCCGAGCUUACCUUCGGGCCCUUGGAGCUCUCUGCAUAAGGGAUUUAGCGCCUGAGAUGAUGCUGUGUACCUGUGUAGUAAAGAGUACGUGUUCAUAUUUUGUGAAUUUGGUCUUCAUUCCUCAGUUCCAUAGUAUGCGAUCUAUGUAAAUAUGGCUCCCCUGUAAGUAAGAUGCAUAUAAUAUAGCCCAAUGUAACAAAUAUUAUGAUGCAACAUUAAUGUAGUCAAAUAUUAUGAUUCA